AUGGCGGAAGAUAAGCCUGUCAAGAGUUUAGAAGAUAACUCUGAGAUAGUUACAUAUGGAAUGUUUGAACCUUUUUUUUAUCCUGAUAAUACUAAUAGGGAAAGAAGGGUAAAUGAAUUACAAAACGAUAUCAGGAUGUAUAUAGUUGAACUUGUUAAUAAAAAAGAAAAAUUAGAUUCACUUCUUGAAACUUUGAAAAAAAAAUUAGAUCAUAUUGCAGAUGAUUUAAAAUUUUACGAAUUGAAAGAAAUGGUAAAAAAACCAAUAUAUGAAGAAAAAAAUUUAUUAAUUCCUAAAAUUAUAAUGGUUAUAUUUGAUAUAGAA